AUGUGUCUGUCCCUGCAGAUCACAUGUCAGUGGCGUUCCGCCUGUGACCAAUACCACACGACCUGCUCGUGCGCUUGUCCACUCGACGUCCUUCUCCGCCAUCAGCGACGUCUCUCCGUUGCACCUUCCGCGCAUUCAACGUCUUCGACGUCGUCGUCGUCGCCAGUCGAAACAUUGCCGCUCAUCUGCCCGGAUCAUUGUCGCUUCGAUCCGCCGCCCGCAACCACGGGUCCCAGCGUCUGUCCGAUGGCCUGCAGUGGCAGGAUAUUCAAGAUCAUCAAUGACAUGGACUUCGAUGGACCGUCUCCACGAGCCAUCCAAUUGACCCUGGUACAGCCGGAAAUUGUCGAGGUGAUGACGGAGGAGGAGCUCUACACUCUGGCCAAGUUGUUCGGCGAGAUCGGCGGCUUGUCCUCCUUCUUUUUCGGCUUCAGCUCCAUCUUCUUCUUUGAGCUCAUUGAAUUGAUGAGUCGGUUUCGCUGCUUUCGCCAUCGAUCCAAGUCGGCCCCGGCACCUGGCAACCGGCUUGGCUCAUCUGUACCGAGGGUGGACGACAACUUACACCACUCAAACAGGUCGUCCGGCCCGGUCUGGUUGCCUCUUCGGCUCUGCAAGGCGUCAGAUUGCAGUUCACCGUCCGAACCCUCUUCUCCGGACCAUCAACUUGCCAAGCAGAUUGUCAUUCAGCGGCCGCGUUGUCUGCCCAGCAACCAUGACAGCCCGAUACUCGUGCACCGAGGCCUUAAAACGGAAGCUGGCAGAGAACGCAGAUUUGGAGUGGCUCUACUCACUGUUUUGCUGUACGCAGGAGAUGUGUUUCGCGUACCCCUAGAGAUUGGUUGCUAUGACACGGAGAGAAGUAUGGGCCGAGUGAACGCCGUGGAAUAG